AUGUGGCGACAAAACUUCGGCUGGGACACGAUAUUACCCGACGACGUUCAACAUGUGUGGAACAGUUUUGUUGGCGAGUUGAAUGAUGCGAUGAUGAUGCGUGUAAACAGACACUACUUCCGUAAAUCUGAAAAGAACGACAACUCUAACGAAAAUGAAAGUCGCUCACUUCACGUGUUCGUGGAUGCCAGUAUGCAGUCGUAUGGAGCGGAAGUGUACAUCGUUAAAGGGAGACAAUCAACAUUGGUUAUGGCAAAAAACCGAGUUGCGCCGUUGAGGUCGAUUACUUUACCAAAACUAGAAUUUAUGGCUACCCUUCUGGGAGCAAGACUUACAAAACAUCUACAGGCCGUUUUAGAAUGUGAAAAUGUGUUCCUGUGGUCGGAUAGCCAAAUCACGUUACAUUGGUUAAAAUUCGAGAAGUCCAAGACAUUACAGCGAUUUGUGAAAAACCGAGUGAACGAAAUACAUGAGCUAACCGGAAGUUACCAAUGGAACUACUGCCCAACCCACCAUAACCCUGCUGACCUACAAACGCGGGGUGUGACUGCAAAACAACAUAAAGAAAACAAGAUGUGGUGGAAUGGACCGCAGUGGAUCACAGCAGAAGAACAGUGGCCGAAAUGGAACUCGAACGCUGGUAUUUACAACCAUGCACUCCUGACAGGGAUAGAAGAGCAGCACGAACCAUCGCAACCAGUACACCAAAGCAGAACUGGGGUGCACGAGAUAAUUGACAUUCACAGAUUCAGUAACUAUAAGAAGUUUUUGAGAGUUACUGCGUAUGUUUUAAAAUUCGUGCAAAGCUGCAGAAAAGCGGAAAUACGAAUGCAACGCAGUACGUUGACACCAGAUGAGAUACAUGCCGCCGAACACCUCUGGUUAAAAACGUGUCAACAUAAUUCAUACGUGACAGGGAUUGAAAAUCUUAACGCCGGAAUCAGUAAAAGAGCAUCGUUGGUGAAACAGUUACGUUUGUUCCUUGAUACAGACGGCAUUUUGAGAUGCGGGGGACGUAUCCACAAUGCACCACUGAAUGAGAUGACUAAAUUCCCCAUUAUUUUGCCUGCGAAACAUCCUUUAACAAGACUGAUAGUGACAGAUGCUCAUGGAGAAAUUCAACAUUCCAGUACAAUUGCGACGAUCACAUUUCUUCGACAACGGUUCUGGAUACCUACUAUUAGACAGAGUGUUAAAACAAUAAUACGGAAUUGCAUUACAUGCAAGAAGGUUCAGGGCAAACCGUUUUCAGCUCCGGAUCCACCGCCAUUGAUGAAAUAUCGUGUACACGAUUCAACGCCAUUUUCUGUCGCAGGCGUUGAUUACACCGGCGCUGUGUAUGUAAAAGACUCUAGCGGGACUGAAUGCAAAGUGUACAUAUGCCUGUUCACGUGCGCAAGUACACGUGCAGUUCAUCUAGGAGUAGUUCCUGACUUAACAGCUGAUUCGUUCAUGCAAGCAUUCAGACGCUUUGUGAGCCGGAAGUCUUUGCCCUAUCUUAUGGUAUCUGACAAUGGAACUACGUUUGUAGCAGCAGCCAGUCUUCUACAGCAGUUGUCUCAGACAGUCCAUGAUGAUCUUCUCAAUAAAGGUACGAGGUGGGCAUUCAUACCGAAGAGAGCGCCGUGGUUCGGAAGAUUCUGGGAACGUUUGAUAGGCCUCACUAAAACUACGUUAAAGAACAUACUGGGACGUUCCUACAUCACAGUUGGUAUGCUUCAGACAAUCAUCGUAGAAAUCGAAGCGACCCUCAACGACAGACCUCUCACAUACGUUAGUUCCGAGUUCGAGUUAGAAGACAUCGUGACACCAGCGCAUUUACUCUACGGAAGACGAGUGACCACGUUACCAUAUCGUGACAUCACCAGUGGCAACCUGGAAAUUACAAGUGCUACCGGAAGUGAUAUUCGCAAACGCGCGAAAUUACAGCAAACAUUGAUAGACCACUUCCGUGAUCGGUGGAAAAAAGAAUAUCUCACAGCGCUACGUGUCAUACAGUCAGUGGAAAAAACGAACAGUGUAUUUCGGUUGGUAGUGUUGUGCAAGUCCACGACGAAACACCACGUAGUACCUGGAAGCUAG